AUGGUAGAAAAAAAAAGAUUAACCCCUGUUAAUUUCGAAGAUUUAUUAAAUAAGCUGCCUUGUUUUAUGUACAAAGAUAUGAUGAUAAGAGAUAGAAGAGCAAGGUUCAUGUACGCCACUCCAUCUCAACAGUUCCAAAGUACGAUAAAUCAUCACAAUCCAAACAACCCACCAUGGCGGAAACUUUUGUGGGUCAAACAGGAUUACCCAGAUAACUACGUGGAUAGUACAUUUCUGGACGAAUUGCAAAGGAAUGUCAACAUGAGAACAUACGAUUAUUGGACAAUGGUUCAUGCAUCUGGAGGAAUCACUCAACACAUUAGCAGUGUUGUGAUAUUUAUAGCCAUCUUCAUCGAUCUUCAGACCCAUACAUUGUCUGCAAAUCAUCUGAUUUGGACUGGAUCGUUAUUGACAGGUGCAGGUUACUUGUUCCUAGAUCUUAUGAUGUUGAGAAAAACCGAAAACUAUGAUGUUAAAC